AAAUCAACAUCCUUAAAAUAAAAGGAAAAAAUAAAAAAAGGAAGUGUAAAACUCCUCUUCAGUGCGAGAUGACCAUUGCGACAAAGAUUCGAAAUCCACGGGAACAUUUGGCUCCGACGAAGCCAUAAUUGAGGCUCUGGGGUAGAAUGUAAAAUUGGUCAUAAUGUGACCCACACAUAUGUGAAUUUAAAACCACCUGGAAUCAUACUUAGCAUUCCCGAUUCCUGAUGUCUCUCUCAGACAACAGAGCGACGCCCGUGAGGCCCAAGGAAUCAGUGUACUUCGGCUACGCCCGGAGCGACCAUCGGAAAAUGGACGCCCUCCCGUCCCUCGGCUCCUCCGAGCCCUUCUCGUCCUCGGCCUCGUCGUCGAUCCUGUACAACACGAUCCUCGAGAGCUACGUGGACCUCCCGUCGGCCUCCCACUUCAUCUCCAGCAGGGGAGGCAACAUUGAGAACUCGGAUUCCGCGUACGCCUCGAUACUGGAGCCGACCGUCCUCGCGGAAUCCUCGUCCCUGGCGAACGACUCGUUCUCCGUCGAUCUGGAAGUCUUCAACGAGUCCCACCGGGGCGGCGGAGGGUUUCAAGGCCUGAAGGUGCCCAAGGUCAUGCCCCAGGAGAUGAUGUUCAACGAGUCGCAUAUCAUCACCAUCAGCGCCUACUCGUGCCUCAUGGUGCUCUCCGCCCUGGGGAACAUCUCUGUCCUCAGGUCGAUAGCCAGACACAGGACGAGAACUUCUGCCUCCAGAGUCUCUCUGAUGAUUAUGCAUCUGGCCAUUGCUGAUCUGCUGGUGACCGUCUUACUCAUGCCCUUGGAGAUCGGAUGGGCGUGGACCGUCUCCUGGAAAGCGGGCGACCUGGCCUGCCGAGUCUUAGCCUUCUUCCGCACCUUCGGCGUCUUCCUCAGCGGGUUCCUCCUGGUGGUCAUCAGCAUCGACAGGUACCACGCCGUCCUCAGGCCCCUGACCGUUACGGAGGCAAAGAGGAGGGUCCGGAUCAUGCUGUGGGUGGCUUGGGGCGCCUCGGUCGUCUUCUCCAUACCUCAGACAAUCAUCUUCCACGUGGAGAAACACCCAGAGUUCCCCCGGUUCGAGCAGUGUGUCACAUUCAACAGCUUCCCGUCACCCACGUACGAACUGGUGUACAACAUAGCUGGCUUCGUGGCUAUGUACGCCCUGCCCCUGACGACCAUAGUCAUCUGCUACGGCUCCAUCGUCAUCGUCCUCUACAGGAAAGAUGUCAUAUCGAGAGAUCCCGCAGACGAACGCCACGCCCCCUCCCUGGGGCGUACAAAGACGAGAACCCUUCACAUGACGCUGAUCAUCGUCAUGGUGUUCACGCUGUGUUGGACGCCCUACAAUAUCAUGAGUCUGUGGUACUUUAUAGACCGCAAGAGCGCCCAGAGGGUCGAUCCCCGGGUCCAGGCGGCGCUGUUCAUCUUUGCCGUGGCCAACUCGACGGUGAAUCCCUUGGUCUAUGGAUACUUCAACGUCCGCAGAGGCUCCAAGAACCAUCCCGUCAAGCAGGAGUGGAGGAUGAAGAGGAUUGUUUACAAGCCCCCGUUCCGACAACACCUCCCCGGGUGUCUCUGCAGCCCCGUCAGGAGCUCGUCCAGCGACCUCCCCUGCCAUAACUUGUACCACACCCCUGGGGGCCUAAUGCCCUACAGGAACCCCAGGUACCCCCAGACGCCUGUAGGAGGAGGAGGGGGUGGUGGUGGUGGGGGUGGAGGACCUCAUUACCCAAACAUAUGAGAGUUCCCUCGAGGAUUGUGAAAAUCUCGACCGAUGUCCUUCAGAGUUCUCGAUCCGUAGUGUCUUAAAUCUUCCGCAAAGCUUUGAGUGCACUUGAGGUGCUGUUAGGCUAAAGGGUUAUAAUACGUAUAUAUAUAUGAAUCAUAUUUUCCUGUUCCAUCAUUCUAUCAUGAUAUGUUCAUCUCCUAGUGACCCUUGAUGCUACAGGUACCCAAAAAUGCUUCAAAAAAUCAAUUUACAAUGCCACAUUAACUUCUGAGUGAAUAUGUAAAAAAAUGACUGGGUUGGUAAGGUGGACUAGAAAAAGUUGGCUGAAGUUUCCUUAGGAUGACUGGGAUACCUAAAUACUUACACUAGUAACAGCUGGCUGCAGUUCUCUUAUGAUGAAUGGGAUGGUAAGGUAGACUAGAAACAGUUGGCUGAAGUCCUCUAAGAUGACUGGGAUGGUAAAAUACUUAGACUAGUAACAGUUGGCUGCCGUUCUCUUAUGAUGACUGAGAUGGUAAGGUAGACUAGAAACAGUUGGCUGAAGUCCUCUAAGAUGAGUGGGAUGGUAAAAUACUUAAGACUAGUAACAGUUGGCUGAAGUUCUCUAUGAUGACUGGGAUGGUAAAAUACUUGUACUAGUAACACUUGGCUGGAGUUCUCUUGAGAAGACUGGGAUGGUAAAACACUUACUAGAAACAGUGAGCUGAAGUGGUCUGGAGUGAAAUAAGGGAGUUUUUAUACAUGCAAAGGUAGAUGCUGCGAUCUUCUGAUCCUUAGAACUACUGCAGGAUGUGACUUGGAUGAACCAGGUGUCUAUUUUUUGAAGAGACAAUAAUUCAUUGUGACUGUGACUCCCGUCAAGGGUUUUAUUUGUAAUCUGGUUUGUUAGCAGGUUUUUGUAAAGGGUUGUGUGUGGAUUUUCACGAUUAUUUGAUCAGUUAGGGCUUGUGACCAGCAACAGAGGAUGAAAAUUUUGGCUGAGAUGGGUAUGUCACUUUUUUUUUAUAGAUAUUCGCCAUUGAUAGAACUGGCAAAUCUAAAGACUUUUUGCACUGAUCUUAGGAAAGACAGAAAGGUCCCUUUUUGUAGAUCUUUGGCAGAGACAGAAACGACAUUUUGUAAAGAUUUUGACAGAGACUGGAAUGGCGCUGAUCUUGGGGAAAGAUAAAAAUGUCCCUUAGUGAGAUUUUUGUAGAAUUAGUCACGUCAUUCUUCGAGAAUCUGGGAUGGACAGCUCAGCUAUUUGGGCGAAUUAUCUCAAAGGAAUAAGUGGAUUAUUCAAAGGAAUAGAUACAUAUGCCAAAAUAGAAGGUAAAUAGGUUCAAAGAAUAGGUAAAAUGACCUUACAGAAUAUUGAAAUGGACUCCCUAACUUAACCUAACCUCCUUGAGAUAGUUUGUUCUUGUUGUGAUGAACUAUCUCAGAGCAGUAGUUUAUGGGGGCAAAGGUUAUAGGUACAUAGGCCUAUCCAGAAGGUAACCAUGUUCAAAGAAUAGAUAGAAAGACUUUACAAAACAAUGAAAUGGUUUCCCCAGCUCAACACAACCUCCCUAGCAAGAGAAAUACCAAAAUAACAUUCGUUGAAAUGGCAGGGAAAUAUCUCAAAGUAAGAAGUACAGGUACAUAGGCCUAACCCAGAAGGCAUGCACGUUCAAAGGACCUUACAAAACACUUAAAUAGUUUCUCCAACUCAACACAACUUUCCACCGAGCAAGAGAAGGCAAACUUAACAUUCCCCCUGAAAGGACAAGACAGAGACACGAGAAGCCAACCAAAACAAAAGUUUUUUUUUUUUUUUUUUU